AUGAACAUGGCAGUGGAAAUACACCCUCAGUUCUCGAAGACGACAGAACUAUUUAAGGAGGCUAAUGACGUUGCUUCGAAACACCAGGAGCAGGAUAGAGUGGCUGCCCAGAAAAGGAAGCACAAGAAGCAAGCCCCUUUGCCAAACGGGCAAGGUCUACGUUCAGACGCCCCAAGGGCCAACAAGCGAGAGAAGGAUAUGACUUGCAAGCUCUAUGGCAUGGAGCCUGGAUUUCCAGACUCGCACGCGCUCAUCACCCAACAGAGUUUCACUGCCUUGAACGACCCCACUACCAACGGGUGCGCGGGGUCAAUUUUGCUGUCCGAUGUUGACUCAGCCAACUGUCAUGUCUGCCUGGGCGAUCUGACCAUGUCACCCAAAAAGAUCCGCAUCCUGUUCCUAGGCGCAUCACUAGUAGCCGGGUACUCCUCCAUGGGGGCGGUCUACCAUCCGUUCUCACACAAUGUUGUCAAGAUGCUCAGCACCAUCAUGCCAGAUACAGAGAUCGAGACCGUCGUCGACGGGGUCCCUGGGGAUCUUGUGACAAGAGGAAAGUUUCUGGAACGCAUGCGGAGCCAAUUUCUGAAGGGCAGGGAACCUUUCGAUUGGACUAUUGUGCUUGGUGCAACGAAUGACAUAGCAUUCAACAUUAGCCCCGAAGAGAUCAUGACUGCCUUCAAGGAGAUUUGGAACAUUCUGAUCUUACAUGGAAGCAAGGUCCUCGCGCUUACGGUCCCCAGAGCCACGAUCGACAGCAGAAAUGCCGGUCUCGUGGAAAGGCGGAAUACUCUGAACAAGAUGAUCCAAGAACACAAAGCAGACAAUUUCUACACCUUUGAUCUUAACGACGCUCUGCCGUACGACCCGGAUCAUGCCAAGUAUUGGGAUGAUGCUAUUCACUUUAAGCCUGAAGGAUACAAUUUCAUCGGUGACAAGGUCGGAGUCGCUUUGAUGGGCAUUAUUGUGGCGGAGAGGACGAAGGCUUCAUAG